GGCCCGCGGGGACGAGCACCUGCGGGGUUUCCUCCCAGUCCCGGGCUGCCGGCCUGGACCUCGCCCCCGGCUCCCCGCCCCCGCCCCCGCGGCCAGUUAACUUUCGUUUCCUGGCGGCACCUCCCGAGCGCGCCCGGUUUCAUUGGCGAGCGCGGGGCCCAGGGACCCGGAGACGCCCAUGGUCUGGGCCGGCCGCCUGCGCGCCCUGCCGCUCCGGAUCCUGUGGGGGCCGCGGCUCCGGGCCUGGGCCAGCACCAUGGCGCCGCCGCCGCGCUUCUUCGCGCUGGAGCUCCCCGGCUGCACCUUGGCGCACUUCGCGGUGGGCACCGACGCCCCCGGCGCGCCCGCCGACCCCCGCGUGGCCGCGCUCAUGGCCACCCCGGGCCGCAGCUACUCGCUGUGCGUGCCGGUGGCCCCGGGCGGGGACCCCGGGGCCCGGGUGCGCGCGGCCCGGCUGCACCAGCGCCUCCUGCAGCAGCUGGACCGCGGCCCCCUCAAGCGCUGCCAGCUGCACCGGCUGCUGUGCUACCCGCCCGGCGGCGGGGCGGGGACCCUGCAGCAGGGCGUCCUGCUGCACGACCCCAGCGACAGCCCCGACACCCGGCGGGCGCUGCUCGCGCUGCUGGACUCCUAUCUGGAGGCCCCGCGCCCGAGUCUGGGCGAGUUCUUGGUGGACGACGCCACCCGCCAGCUGUGGCAGCGCCGGUGGGAGCUGCUGGACGGCCAGGGGUGGCGGCAGGUGGAGCCCGAGCCCGUGGGGCCCGCCCUGGAGCCAGACCUGCAUCCCGCGGUCCCCGACCUGCCCAGCGCCGGGGUCUUCCCCCACCGGGAAGCCGCUCGCGCCGUUCUGGAGGCGUGCACGGCCGUCAUCCCAGAGGCCCGGGCCAUGCUGGAGCUGGUGGACCGGUGCCCCACCCGGGCCCAGAAGGGCAAGUUCCCGGUCAUUGUCAUUGAAGGACUGGAUGCCACAGGGAAAACCACCGUGACCCAGGCUGCUUCGGAGUCUCUGAAGGCCGUGCUCCUGCGGUCCCCACCUGCUUGCGUCAGCCAAUGGAGGGAAGUAUUUGAUGACGAGCCCACCAUCGUUAGAAGAGCUUUUUACUCGUUGGGCAAUUACAUCGUGGCCUCCGAAAUAGCCGAAGCAUCCGCCAGAUGCCCUGUGAUUGUGGACAGGUACUGGCACAGCACGGCCGCCUACGCCAUCGCCACCGAGGUGAGCGGGGCUGUCCAGCACCUGCCGCCGGCCCAGCACUCCGUGUACCAGUGGCCGAGGGACCUGCUGCAGCCCGACCUGGUCCUGCUGCUCACCGUGAGCCCCGAGGAGAGGCUGCGGAGGAUCCGGGGCCGGGGCCUGGAGAAGACCAGGGAGGAGACGGAGCUGGAAGCCAACAGCAUAUUCCGUCAGAAGGUGGAAGAGUGCUACCGGCGGAUGGACAACCCCGGCUGCCGGGAGGUGGACGCCAGCCCGCCCCGCGAAGAGGUCCUCCGGACGGUGCUGAGCCUGAUCCGAACCAGCUGUGGCUAGUGGCGGGGCCCCGGGGCCCGCGGACACGUGGGGCCGAGCGUGGCCUUGCUCCCCACGUCUCCGCCCACGGCUGGCUGUGCAUGCUUCCCGAUGGCUGCUGCAUGGGCAUGUCGUGUGGCAGAAGACUGGGGACUGGACACUCCACUUCACGUCAAUCACUGUAUUGCUUCUGACCCAUGGGCCCCUGCGGCUGGGGGCUGGUCAUGUUCCAGGGAGGGGUGGGGGGUGGCUUUCUGCCUAGCAUAACCC